CGACCAUGGGAGGUGCUAUGCCAAUCUCGACCAUUAACCAACAUCGAAAGCUCUCAAUUUGACACAUCCCUACUGGAAGUUGUUUUCUCCAUGAGGACAACUUCAAAUAAUGAUAGAGCCAGUAACGGGCAGAACAAAAGGCAGCCUUACGGUGCAGUUCCUGCUUUCGAAGACGCAGACUUGCUGGAAGCAGAAGGGAAUGGUUUUGCUUCAAAUUGUGAACGACUCAAAACAUUUCCACCAGAUACGCGUCGCACGUGGAAGGCGAAAUUAACGACAUACGUGGCGAUUGCAAUGGCGCUGAUGUCCAUUGUGCUCUGCAUGGGGAUAAUUCUCAACGUUGUACUGGGAGGUACUUGGGGUAUGGAAACCAUUGACAACGAGAAGAGCCAAGCUACUCAAGCGAGACCUAGCAGUACCAACACGAAAACUCUGCACUUGUACGACGAGCUUGGUCGGUAUAUUUUGGAAGAUUACGACGCCCAGCCGCCCUUUUCAGACUUUUUGCCAGCUUUGGCUGGUUAUUUUGGCAAACCUUUGUACGCAUUUUAUAUCAAUCGGGGUCAGGGUAUCGCUGCAUUUGGUGUGGAGUCGAAAGAAUAUCCCAUUAUGGAAUUCCAUUCCGCCAAUGUUGCAUACCAAAAUACCGCUUUGUUGGGCUUCCGUACCUUCAUCCAAGGAUCACGCCAGAAGAAAGACCAAGACUCCUUCUUCGUUGAGCCUUUCUCGCUUUUGCAAACACGAUUUCCGAAUAUACCACUGCACCACAACGACAUGGAUAAGUUAUUGCCUUCUUCUACCACACCGAAGCGGUAUAUGUACGUGGGAUCUAACGAAAUGCAAAUUCGCGAAGUGGAUACUGCUCACAGACUAGAAACCAACGUGACGUAUUUCGUACUUCCGGAGGAAGAUUUUGGAUCGUUCGUCAAACGGACUACAAUUACCAACACUGACGCUAAGGAAAGUCUCACAUUGUCGUUUCUAGACGGGCUCGCGCAAAUUCAGCCCGCCGGUGGCGAAAUGGAAAAGCCGCUAAAGACGAUUGGACGAACAUUGCAAGGAUGGAUGGGAGUGUACUCGCCGUACGAUGAUUCCGAUGGAAUGAUGAGAAUGCCUUUUUUCCGGCUGUCGACGCAACCUAACGAUUCCGCAUCCGUUGUUGUACAAAAAGCUGGGCACUGGUGUCUCUCCGUCUUAGAAUCUGACAAUGAUUCGACACUCUUACCUAUCGUUUACGAUACGUCAAAAAUUUUCGGGCAAGACACAAGUUUAUUGCAUCCUGUUGGGUUGUCCAACAGACCAAUCAGCGAAAUUCUGAAAGAAAAGCAAUAUGGGCGCGCCAAAACUUCCUCAGCUUUCGCUGCCGUGGAUCAUAUCAAGCUGGCUCCGGGCAAGUCCGUGACGAUCUCUACUUUCUUCGGUAAGGCAAAUAAUGUGCUGGACAUUCCCGUAAUUUCCCGCAGAGUAUUGCAACUUGGUUUUUCCCAGUACAAGGUGAUGAGGACCCGAGAAAUUAUUAAGCAAAUUACGGCCGUAGUGGAAACCACUACAUCUCAUCCGCUGUGGGACGGACACGUUCAGCAAAUGUUUCUUGACAAUGCUCUCCGAGGUGGUGUUCCCUCUAUUUUGGGCGAAAUCGAUGACGAUGCUAGACUACGCAACGUAGACGAAGAUCCACGUCUAAAAACAUACCACUUGUUUUCCCGAAUUCACGGGGAUUUGGAACGUGACUACAACGGUUUUGUGAUCAAGCCAACGUUUUUUUCCGAGGGACCAGGAAACUUUCGAGACAUCGCACAAAAUCGAAGAAGCGAUGUACUUUUUUACCCUAGAGUCGGGUCAACCAAUUUGAAAACGUUCUUGUCCAUGAUCCAAGCUGACGGCUAUAAUCCUCUGUCAAUCGAGGCCAGUACAUUUACCAUAAGUGACGUUAAAGCCUGCUUACAGAUUGCUACAGCAGCUGUAGGACCAGCUGAUGGGCAUCGGGCACAGCGUGAAGCCUUAACCGACAUACUUCACAGUGGACCAUUUCGUCCCGGACAACUCUUUUUACUGAUGGAGGAGCAACAUAUCGAUAUCAUCAUUGCACAACAAGAAUUUAUCGAUAUUGUUGCCGCCGCGGCGGACCAACAUCCAAUUGCGGUGUAUAAAAGCGGAUUCUGGGCCGAUCACUGGACGUACUACAUGGACCAAAUCCAGGCCUAUCUAGCAAUCUAUCCAGACUGGGAAGAGCGUAUUUUGUUUGAUGAACGGCUCCCGUACUUUUUUUCACCUGCGUUUGUGAAGCCUCGACACGAGAAGUAUGUGUUGUCGGUUUCGUUUGAUGGCACCGGUAAGCAUGUCAGACAACUGGAUGCGACAGAAGAUAACGACGAAGAAAAAAGAACUUAUAUGGCUGAAUACAUCGAAAAUAAGACGGGAUGGUACGACUUGCAAGCCAACUGGCAGCAUACAGCUUUAGAGGGCGGCAUUUUUCACAGCUCUCCUAUGGCGAAACUGCUUUUGCUGGCCACUCUAAAAUUCGCUUCUCGAGAUGCGUACGGCAUGGGCGUUGAAUACGAAGGUGGGCGUCCCGGUUGGGAUGAUGCUAACAAUGGUCUUGUUGGAAUGCUGGGUAGUGGCAUGCCAGAGACUUACGAGCUUGUCGUACUUUUGCGAUAUAUUCGCUCUGCGCUUCACCGUUUUGAUCGCGAUCUUUCGGUACCAGUCGAGCUGGUCGACCUUAUAAAUUCGAUCAAUAAGGCGCUAAAAACACUUUCCAGCGAACGCGGUGAUGAAAGAAACAAAACAGAGUCGCUCGGAAGUGAAGUUCCUUCUUCUUUCUUCAAAUACUGGGAUGAGGUUGCGACAGCUCGAGAAUUGUAUCGCGAUCAAACCAAGAUCCUUUUCCAAGGCCUGACGGAGGUACUUUCCUCCAAGACGAUAUGUUUAAUGAUUGACACUUGGCUAGGUGAAAUUGGACGAGGUAUUGAGCGCGCCAUGUAUUUCGGCUCCCGUGGUUUUAACGAUAACGGUACAUCUGGCAUCACGCCCACAUACUUUUCGUAUAACGUUACCAAAUGGGAAAAGACUAAAGCGAUCAAUACCAACGGCCAUCCGUUCGUUCGGGCAAAACAGUUUACACUAAAUCUGUUUCCAUUGUUUCUUGAAGGCCCAGUGCGAAUGAUGAAAACAUUAGAUUCGGAUGAAGCCAAACUCGUUUAUGACAGGGUAAGUUCGUCGCAACUGCGGGACAACGACCUUAAGAUGUAUUUGAUUUCAGCCAGUCUGAAAGGUCAAAGUUUGGACACGGGUCGCGAAAUGGCGUUUGCUCCCGGUUGGUUGGAAAAUAAUUCGGUAUGGUUGCACAUGUCGUACAAGUUUUAUUUGGAAAUGCUACGGCACGAGAUGUUCGAAGCUUUCUUCGAGGAAAUCACUUCGGGUGGUAUGCUGCCAUUUAUGGAUCCGCAAGUAUACGGUCGGUCGUUGAUGGAGUGCUCGUCAUUCAUUGCAUCGUCGUCCUUUGAAGACCCGGCUAUCCGAGGACGUGGGUUUUUGGCCCGCUUGAGUGGGUCAACUGCAGAGUUUUUGAGCAUGUGGAUCUUAAUAAUGAUUGGACCGCAUCCCUUUUACAUUGAUAAGACAACGAAUCUGGUACAAAUGCAGCUGGUACCUGCCUUGCCACGGUGGCUGUUUGCAGAGCAAGCGGAUGACCAGAAACCAGUCAUUCGAUUCAAGCUUUUUGGCUCCAUUGAGGUAACAUACGUCGUCGGAUUGCGAGAUGGGUCCACAUUUAAAGUGGAAGGUCCAUCAAUUUCGAAUGACUUGGCCGAUAAAAUCCGUCGAGUAGCUUUUGUUGCGUCUAUUGACGUUUACUUCGAGCAUUGAAAAACUGAAAUAUUGCUGCUGCUGUGAAAAAUUGAAAAAAACCAAUGCUUUGGUGUAUGUGAAUUUCUACAAUUUAAUUAGACGCUCAUUUACAAUUUCUA